UCGGACAGUAUUCCCUGCCGGACAGAUUCCGUUGACAUUGCUGGGGCAGGUGUUACCCAAGCAGAAGGUGUGAUCGCAGGUAGCCGCAGAUAAGUGGCUGGCCGCUCCUCCUCGGCUCUUUCUUCGGGACCCGCUGCAGUCAUGUACCGGCGGCCGCUGCAGGUGGCCGCGAGGUGCGCCGUCAAAGCUGCUGCGUCCAGAGGCGCCUGUGCGAAGCUGCUGGAGCAGGAAUGGUGUCUGAUAUCUCCAGCUGCCUGCCGGCGGACGCCGUCCAGCUGUUGGACUCAGUGUCGAUCUUUGCACAUUAGCACACAGCUCCGUAGCGUGAAGGAGACGCCUCAGCACUCACAGGAAGAGGUCGGAGCCUUCACCAAACUCAUAGAGGCCAUGGGCUUCACCGCGCCGCUCAAAUAUAACAAAUGGAAAAUCAAGAUCGCUGCGCUGCGGAUGUACACGUGUUGUGUGGAGAGAAUAAACUAUGAUGAGUUCUUUGAUAAAUGCUCGCUACCCGACACCCUGAACUCCUGGUUCCUGGUGGCUCAGCUGCACGUUUGGAUGUGCUUGGUGCGGAUGCGUCAGGAGGGCAGAGAGGGGAAGUUCAUGUGCCGUUACAUCGUCCACUCCAUGUGGGAGGACGUGGAGCAGAGGAGCAAAAUAAUGGGGAUUGAUGCCAUCCACAGGAAGGAGGCCAUGAAAGCCAUGACUGAAACCUUCUACGCCGCCAUAUUUGGAUACGAUGAGGGAAUCCUGUCUGAUGACUGCGUCCUGGCUGCAGCUCUGUGGAGGAACCUGUUCAAUCGCCAGUGUGAAGACCCCCAGCAGCUGGAGCUCAUGGUGGAAUACGUUCGCAAACAGAUGCAGUUUAUUGAUGCUUUGGACGGGGAGGAUCUUCUGCUCACCGGAGAGGUGAAAUGGCGUCCUCUGCUGGAGGAGAACGCUCAGAGCAUCCUGAAGGUGGUCAGUCCCACCUACAACGAUGCAGGGCUGUGAGACAAAGACCUCAUCUCUCUGUUACAAUAAAGCACCUCCUGCUUCUUCUCAGCUCACACUUUAAACUUCACCUCAGUUGCUGUAGCUUCUCCUUUUUGCUCCCUUUUUCCUUGAAGCACUUUUCCUCCACCUUUUUGAUGAUGAAGGUUCAGAUGGAUGCAGAGAUGAUCAGGGAUUAUGAUUCAGACACAUGGAGGACUCCUCGUGUGUCUAUGAUCCUGUCAGGUCUGAGAGCAGCUUCUGUAUGCAAACACACCUCUUGUUUAUAUUUCCACUGAACGCCUCUCUGUAUUUAUAAAGUAUUUUUGAAUGACUGUUUGUUUCCUCUGCGCUCCUUCACUGUGUUUAAACAACCUGAACCUCUGAGGCUUCUUUCCUCCGUGCUCUCAGACCUGAACAGGAGGCAAAACACAAAGACUCAAAUGUCACUGAUGGUUUUUAAAAGAAGGUUAAUAAAGUUUUCUGUUCAAACUC